AUGGCCGCUUUCAAGACUCUGCCUACUCGCCCACUGGGCCGAAAUGGGCCUCUUGUUCCCCGGUUGGGGCUUGGCCUCAUGGGUGCUAGUGGGAUGUACAGGGUAUCUCUCUCCAACGAAGAAAGACUCGCCUUCCUUGAUGAGGCGUACGAAAGAGGAGAACGAUUUUGGGAUACAGCGGAUGAGUACGGCGACUCCGAGGAUUUACUUGGCAAAUGGUUCGAUGCCAACCCCGAUAAACGAAAGGACAUUUUCCUUGCGACCAAGUUUGGCAUCAAACGCAUCGACACAGCCCCAGGACGCGCGAUGGACUCGUCGCCAGAGUACUGUCGUACGUGCAUUGAAAGAUCUCUCAGUCGACUUGGACUGCCAUUUGUGGAUCUAUACUAUGUCCACCGUCUGGAUAAAGUCACGCCGAUUGAGAAGACCAUGCAGACCUUGGUGGAACUCAAGAACGCCGGCAAAAUCAAGCACAUCGGGCUUAGCGAGUGCAGUGCCGAAUCUCUGCGUCGUGCUCAUGCGGUGCAUCGAAUCACCUGUGUGCAGGUGGAGUAUAGUUUGCUCUGCACUGAGAUCGAGUCUCCGGAGAGACGCCUGCUGGAAGUGGCACGCGAGCUCGGCGUCGGGAUUGUCUGUUACAGUCCCAUGGCAAAUGGAUUUUUGACAGGGUCGAUUCGUUCGCGCGACGAUGUGACCAAGCCGGGCGAUCUGCGUGGGGUUCUGCCGUGGCUGAAGGAGGGCAAUCUCGAGAAGAAUCUUGUGGUCCUCGAUCAGAUCGCCGAUAUUGCGAAGAAAAUUGGUAUUACUCUGCCACAGUUGGCUCUUGCCUGGCUGCUUGUUCAGGGUGAUGAUAUAUUUCCCAUUCCGGGAUCUUCGAACGUCCGUCGCCUGGACCAGAAUCUCCAAAGUCUUGAUGUGACCCUAUCGGAGGAAGAUGAGAAAGAAAUGCGGCGCCUCGCGGAAGGAAUUGUUGGCGAACGGUUCCAGAACAUGACUGGCCAUGCGUUCGGUGAUACGCCUGCUUUGAAGAACUGA